AUGCAACCCCCACCGCCCUCGGCCCUCCCCUUCGACCCGUUUGCGCUGUCGCUGGGACGCCAGUUCCAAUCGCCUGAGCUGUCGCGGCUCCAGCCAUGGGACGCCACAAAUCCUCUCGUCGUGCGUGACACGUUAGCGGCAUCCCCACCGAUGCGUUCUGUCUACGGCCUCGGUGCCGACCCGAUCGAGCUACACCAGAAUCUCUACGCCUGUCUGCGAGUUGGCCGCUUGGACCGGGCAGCCAGCAUCAUCGCCCGCCUCGCCUCCGUCUUCAAUCCCGAAGCUGCAGAGCUCUUGGAUGCCAACAAUGUCUAUCUGCAGACGCUGCUCGAAAGCAACCAGAUGGAUCCAAGCGCCGAGGGCAUGCAGAAGGUCCAAGACUGGUACAAGAACAACAUGGUCGCCAAGGGCAUCCAGCCCAAUGCGCAGACUUUUGUUACCCUAAUCCGGGCGGCUAUGAGCUUCCUAGAAGAGGGCGCACAGGAAAACGCAGUACGGGAAUACAUUGCAACCGCACGCAGACACGGCGACCAUGUUCUCGACCAGAUCAACGCCUCCCCCGAAUUCUCCGACGAGGAGUGGGACUUAUUGAUCCGCCUGCAACCGGAGUCCUUCAACGAACCCCCCUCGGUCGAAGAAGUCCAGGAUCUCCACGUCGCCACUCCCUCCGGUCGCAAGAACCUCAUAGACCACGGCCUGGUGUCCAACCCAGCACAGCCCAUCAAGCCCGUGAGGCAGAAGGGCAUGGGUCUCGACUCGCUGAAGCAAGCCCUGACGAUGUUCGACGAUGGGUCAAGCGUUCCCUAUCCGCACGAUAUGCCUGGGACCCAAGAAGACAAGGACAGGGCCUACGCAUACGCACGACAACUGAAGAUAGAACAAGAUGGAGUAGAAGCUGCUGUUGAGAGAUGGAAACAAGAAGAUGAGAAGAUGCAAGAGAUUGGCAUAUAUGGCGUUAUGAACUCCAAGCCCAUACAGGCCAUCAUGUAUGGCUGGUACUUGGCCCUCGUACCGCUGUUCAAGCAGCGUAUUGCAAACGUCAAGGACACGUUGUCCGAUCCCGAAAAGGUCAAGACUCGUGAUGAAGCCCUUUCCUACGGUGUUUGGCUGGAGAGAUGCAGGCCUGAAAAGUUGGCCGCAAUCACGGUUGCUCGCGCUACUCAGGCUGCAGUAAAGGGCAAAGACGAAGACAACUCCGCCUACAAAGUCGCCGCUCUGUCUGUUUCCAUCGGUACUGACGUCCAAGACUACCUCAACGCCGAGUCACAAACGAGACGUGAUGCUUUCCUCCGCAAGCAGCGCAAGCAGACCAGGAUGAAUUUGGUUGAGAAACUUUCCAAAGAGACUAAAGAUACCGAAGGGGCUUCUUCUACACCAACACCUCCGAAAAUGAGCUAUCAAAUCGAAAAGGCCGACAUACCACUAUCUGUACGAACCCGGAUUGGGGCUCUCUGUCUAGAGCUUUUGCUUCAAAGCGCAACCCUCACUGUGACCGCAAACGACCCCAGAACUGGCAAGACGCUGUCCCGUAAUAUGGCCGCCUUCCAUCAUGCAGUCGGAUAUCAUCAAGGCAAAAAGCUCGGCUUACUCGUGCCUCACCAUGAGCUCGUUACCAAGUUACGAACCGAUUCUGUGCAUGCCAUCCAUUCAGUCAGGCUACCAAUGGUAGUAGAACCCAAACCAUGGUCCAGUUUUGAAGAUGGGGGGUACUACACCAUCCCGCAGAAGGUCGUGCGCCAAAAGGCGGGUGAUAGCGCACAGCGUGCUUAUGCCAAGUCAGCCAUCGAAAACGGUGACAUGAACAAAGUCAUGGCUGGUCUGGACGUGCUCGGUCGUGUACCUUGGCAGAUCAACACUCCUGUCUUCGAGGUCAUGGCUCAGGCGUGGAACUCUGGCGAGAGUAUCGGGUCUCUCGUAGGAGAAGACUCUGUUACUAACCUCAAACGUCCCAAAGAACCUUCUGGAGAUGCCACAUUACAGGAACGGGCGAAGUGGGGCAGGGCUCUGAAGGAAUACGAGAACAGCGUGGGUGGUCUGCAUUCGCAGCGGUGUUUCCAAAACUUCCAGCUAGAGACGGCGCGAGCAUACGUGAACGAAAAGCAGAUAUUCUUCCCGCACAGCGUCGACUUCCGAGGUCGUGCCUAUCCAAUCCCGCCUAUCCUCAAUCACAUCGGAUCCGAUAUCUCGAGAGGACUCCUCAAGUUUGCGAAUGGCAAAGAGCUCGGUACUGUCGGCUUACAGUGGCUCAAGAUCCAUCUUGCCAACCUUUACGGUUACGAUAAGGCUAGUCUGCGAGAACGUGAACAAUUCACCAUGGAUAAUCUGGAAGAGAUCUACGACUCUGCGACGAAUCCCUUGGGCGGCAGACGGUGGUGGACACAGGCGGAAGACCCAUGGCAAUGCUUGUCUUGCUGCAUGGAGCUGAAGAACGCCCAUGAUCUGCCUGAUCCGACUCGUUUUGUUUCACAGUUACCUGUUCAUCAGGAUGGAACAUGUAACGGACUCCAACAUUACGCAGCGCUCGGUGGUGACUACGCCGGUGCUCGUCAGGUCAAUCUUGAGCCUUCCGACAGGCCACAGGACAUUUACACUGGUGUUGCCGAACUUGUCAAAGAGAUGGUCGCAAAAGACGCCGAGAAAGGUCUAGCACAAGCUUGCUUCAUCAACGGUCACAUCACACGCAAAGUUGUGAAGCGAACAGUCAUGACUAAUGUUUAUGGAGUUACCUUCAUGGGUGCGAAGCAGCAGGUGCAAGACGAGCUACGCAACUUGUUCCCUAAUUUCGAGCCUACAAAACAGGUUUCUUCGCUCGGAAGCGUCGCGUUGUACAUUGCCUACAAGAUCUUUGACGCCUUGGGCAAAAUCUUCAACGGCGCUCAAGAAAUCCAAUACUGGCUUGGCGAAUGUGGCGAGCGCAUAACGACAUCAAUCACUGCUGAGCAGAUCAAACGGAUUAAAGACCGCUUCGAUGGCGCAGACCCUUCUGGGGCACUAUACGAUCCGAAAUUCAAGGCGCCACAAAAGGUCUCUGCAGGUCAACUAAAGCAACUCAACAAGGCUAUGGAGAGUUUUACGACUAGUAUCAUCUGGACCACCCCGCUGAAGAUGCCCAUUGUGCAGCCCUACAGGAAAGAUGGGUUCCAAAAGAUCAAGACCAAGAUCCAAGACAUUACAGUCGCCAAGAAGUCCCAGCAGGAUGAAGUCGACAAACGCAAACAACUUCAAGCGUUUCCGCCCAACUUCAUCCACUCUCUUGAUGCGAGCCACAUGUUGCUCUCAGCAUUGAAGGCUAGCGAGAUGGGUCUUGACUUUGCCGCCGUACACGACAGUUUCUGGACACACGCUUCCGAUAUCCCCAACCUCAACGUCAUCCUCCGCGAUGCCUUUGUGCGAAUGCACACUGAAGAUAUCGUCGACCGUCUCGCUGCAGAGUUUACUGCGCGUUAUGCAGGGGCUAUGUACCGUGCCACCCUUCAUAUCGGCGCUGACGUUAGUCGGAAGAUUACCCUGUGGAGACAUGAGCGCCGUCAAGCUAAGGGCAUUCUUUCGAAAGCUAAUGGCUCGCGGCACGGAGAUGCUUCAUUCGAGGAAGUUGCGCUCGAGGCUAAGCGGCAAGAGCUUCUAAAUAGUCAAGAUCCCGAGAAGAGGAAGCAAGGUGAAGAGAUGGUCACACCUACCAGCAUCUGGCUUGAGAAUCAGGAUCCCAAGGCACUCCACUCGUACAGGCUCAGUCUUCUUGGGGAGACCAAAGAUAAGAAGUCAGCCGACAGGGAAACACAGGUCAAGGACGAGGCCUUGGGCGAAGAAGAGGACGCUGUCACCACCACUGAAUCCACGAUGGACAUUGUGGAAGAGGACGCCGAAGAUCUUGCAAAAGACCCCCAAGGCGGUCGUUACGCGACAAAGAAGAAAUCUGCCUCCCGUGUCGCUUACGAUCAGGGCACGAUUCAAGUCUGGAUCCCACUCAGCUUCCCGCCUGUUCCGCAAAAGGGCGGCUGGGACGUAUCUCGUCUCCGCGAAUCCAAGUACUUCUUCUCAUGA